UCAUGGAAGUCAAUGAACCAAGAAGAAUACCAGACCCAGCUGCUGUCGUAUUGGUGUAUAUUGGAGAGCCACCCCCUUAAGUAGACAGGAACGGAUCUUUUUUUUUUCGAUGGUUAACGUCCUGAGUGAACUAUCUCCCGCUAUCCAACAUCUUUGCUGCCUGUGCACUGUGGUCACGCGCUGACAUUCCUGGGGGAGGGCGGGAGUGGAGGGAACUGCCUGACGAAACCUUAUCGACUGGUAGUGAAGAGCAGCGUCGACUAUUGUUCAAAUCAACCGUGAUCUUCCGUCUGUGAGGGCGAGAGUGAGACAAGAGGACGAAAAUCCGUGUUCCCUGUUUGUUUAGAGAAAGUAAUUAUAUAUAAGCAACGUUGGACAACUCUUUAAUAUUUAAGCUAUAUAGUUAUUUAUCUAUCUUAUCUGUGUGAAGAUGAACGGGGUAACGCGGAGUCUGUGUACAUUUGAGGACCUCAGAGCUGAUGAGAGAACAGCGGAUGGGUGCAGGAGACUGAGGCUGACUCUCCACCAGCAGAACCAGGUCGGGAGGAUCACAGAACAACCCAGGAGCAAGCCAAUCGGACGAGCAUUUGCUCUGGUGCAGCCAACCAGUGAUAGGCCUGCUCUGAAGCCUGAACCAAUCAAACCCUCUGAGGAGAAGACUGAAAAGGUUGAGAUCAUCAAGGUGUAUCUGGAGGAUCGUAGACAGGAGCAGCAGAGACACCAGCAGAGCCUCAAGAUGUUGUCAGAUGAAGUCUCCCAGAUACAGGAGGUGAGAUACUGUCUGAAGACCCUGAGGGAACAGAUGGCAACCAAGAACAAAGGACAACACAAGUUUCUUGCUAGUGGCUACGGAGUCAGCACUCCCUCCAAUCAGAACAUCUCUUCUUCCUCAAAGGGAGGAGCUAAAGAUGAUGGGCAGGGAGGGGAGGAUGAGGUGGAGAGGGCCAAGAUGAGGGAGGUCAGUAAGCGUCUGUAUGCUCAGCUACAGGAGACCGAGAAGAAACACCAGGAGGAGAGAGAGAGACUGCAGGCUGAGGGUGUGGAUCUGCGCCAGCGUCUGGGGGAGCAGGAGGAGAAGCUGAAGGGGGUGGAGGAGAGUAGUGAGAGGAAGGACCAGAGGAUUGAGGAGCUCCAGAGGCUGCUGGGAGGCAUGGCGCAGGAGAGCCAAGCCCUACGAGACACACUGAGGAACAGAGAGGAGGAACUCAGAGAAUUACGCAAGAUCAGAGAGGAGGGCAGGAACGAGGAGCAGAGGUCAGAGCAGUUGGAGAAGGAGCUGGCCAUUCUGAAGGAGAAGAUCCAUCAUCUAGAUGACAUGCUGAAGAGCCAGCAGAGGAAAGUCAGACACAUGAUCGAACAGCUGCAGAACUCUCGUAUGGUGAUCCAGGAGAGGGACCGUGUCAUCAGAGAUCUGGAGGAGAAGGUGGCUUUCCUGGAGGCAGAGAACCGGGAGAUGCAUGAUCAGAUGGACUACUUCCUGGGAGGUGAAAGGUCAAACUCUCACCUCUCAUCAGACCGCCACGCCCAGAUUGUCUACAGUAAGCCUUUGAAGCCCAGCAACUCAUCCAACAAGCCUCUUCCCUUCAUCAAAAUCAUUGAGACCAAGUCCUGAACUGGUGAAAGCGAGGGAGAAAGGGCUAACCUAACGACACCAAACCUGCUAAGCUAGACUGGACUGAAAUAGACCACUACCACAUUACUACCACACCAACAUCACAGUGCACGUAUGAAGUUUAAACUGAGGUGACCACAACAUCACAUCAACUGACCACCAGCUACGACCAUCACCCACCCAUGGCCACACUCCUUCGAUAGGACACUAUGCAGUGUGUAUGUGUCAGAGGAGGCUGGUGGGAGAAACAAUAGGAGGAGUGGCUCAUUGUAAUGUCUGGAAUGGUAUAUAUGGAACAGUCAACUGUUCCCAUAUGUUUUCUGUGUUUCAUACCGUUACAUGUAUUCCUCCUAUAGCUCCUCCCACCAGCCUCCGUGUGUGUGUGUGUGUGUGUGUGUGUUUUGGAUUGUGUAUGGACGUUGAUGUAGAUCUACUUAUAGAGUUGAUUCUCAAUAGAAGUCUAUUUAUUCAUAGCAGACAGAUUAUUCUUUCUAACCCAGUGUCAUAAUCUAUUGUCAUCUGUUGAAGUCCGUCUGAAGGACUCUACUGACAGAGAGGACCAGAGACUGUGUGAUAGCACUGUGGUUAGUAAGGGUCUGAUAACAGACCGAGUCUUUGGCCUCAGAGAGGAGGCAACCAUGCCAGGCUGGGCCAUAACAGAGAAAUAAAAUGGCCGAUGAGUGAGAGGGGGAUUGAAGAGAGAGAUGGAGGGUAAGAAAUCUGUAUUAAACUAAUCAGAACACAACCAGGUUGUCAUCUUUUUACCAUGGCACCAAGGCAGGAUAGAGUGAGUGUUGCUACACUAUACAGGUAUUGGAGAAGCAGAAACACAUUAAGGAUGGAGGAUCUAGUUUUCCAUCAAACCCUUCUGUAACCCAUUAACCUACUUCCUGUGUCUGGCCUAGAGUCCACUGUUAGAAUCCUCUUUAUUUGACACCUGAAAGGGAGGAAGACGAUCUUUGACUUUUUGUAAAUAUACUUAUAUGGCCACAGUGAUGUGUCAUGGUUUAUACAAAGUUAUGAAGGCCAUGUUUGUUAUUUUUUUCAUUGAGAAAGUGGGAUGUUUGGUCUAGUAUGUGUGGAUUAGAAGUCCCCUCACCAAUACUGAUGUCACUUUAAAGUCUAAAGGAAAUGAAGAUGAUUCAUUCUGACAAGUACUUACUAACCUUGCAAGAAGUUGACAUUAUCCACAUUUUUGCAUGCAUUUCAGUUACCUGACGUUUCAUCCACCAUCACCAGCUUUGUACAUAACUAUAUUUAUUUGUUUAUGUGGUAUUCUUUGAUGUCCCUGUAGUCUCACUCUGGGAUUUGUUUGUUAGUUUUAUCCUUCAGACAGGAAUGUUUGGCCUGACAAAUCAUGUGUGUGUGACAAUCAUCUUUAUGUAUUUAUGUGAAAAUACAACUUUAAUUUUAGGGAAAACAUUUUCAGUAGACAUGUUAGUGUGUGUUAACAACAUACACUUUGUGUUUUAGUUAUUUUAAUAAAUAUAUGAAAAAUA